UCUCGUUUCACAGCACUUCCGGGUCGCUUUAUUUCGACGUCAUGACGCAGCGCGCAGUCUGACGUCAGUCCCCAGCAGAGGAGCGUGGAGGUCAGAGACGAGAUGAAAACACGAGUUCCGUCAUUUUGAAAGAUUAAAUCGGUGUUUUCACGCAGGAGCUUCCCGCGGGAUUCAUCAGACUCGCUGUGAAAACACUCCGGCUCCGUGUCCGUGGGUUCUUCAUCGUGUCCUCCCGGAUUCCCCGUGUUGCGACACAGCUAACGUCAGCUAGCCGGGCCGGUGGCAGCGAGCUAGCUAGCCCCCUUCCAGGUUUCUCCAGGUCUCUCCAGGUGACCCCCGGAGCUUUACACCGUUUUAACCAUGGACAACAACCCGCAAGGACCGGGGGGAGUGAAGGGAGGCCUCGGGGGUCUCUUCAGUGGCGGAGCCCCUGAAUACUCCAACACAGAGCUCGCCGGUGUCCCGUUGACGGGGAUGAGCCCUCUGUCCCCGUACCUCAAUGUCGACCCUCGUUUCCUGGUCCAGGACACAGAUGAGUUCAUUCUGCCCACAGGCGCCAAUAAAACAAGAGGACGGUUUGAACUGGCUUUCUUCACCAUCGGAGGCUCCUGCAUGACUGGAGCAGCAUUCGGAACUGUGAACGGUCUCAGGAUGGGGCUGAAAGAGACCAGAGAGAUGGCGUGGUCCAAACCUCGUAAUGUUCAGAUUCUGAACAUGGUGACCAGGCAGGGUGCUUCAUGGGCCAACUCUCUGGGUUCUGUUGCGUUGUUGUACAGUGUGUUUGGCGUGGCGAUAGAAAAAGCACGAGGAGCAGAAGAUGACAUCAACACAGUGGCUGCGGGGACGUUAACUGGGAUGCUCUUUAAAUCAGGAAGUGGAUUAAAGGGUGUCGCCCGUGGAGGCCUGGUGGGUUUGGCCUUAUCUGGUGCCUACGCUCUCUACAACAACUGGGACCACAUCACCGGCACCCCCACAUCCUCCAGGCUGUACUAACCUUCCUCCAACACAUCUGCUUCAACGUCAGGGCCAAACAUCUCUCCAGGACACAGCCUUUCACCACAGCGCUAAGAGGAAUUAGACUCUGGUCAAAUGCAGUGUGAAGCGUGAGGUGGCCCUCCAAUCAUACGCUUCCCUUUUCCUGGAGCAUUCUGGGAAUUAAAAAUAUGUGUCUGAAAAAGACGUCAUUAAAAUGUGGACUACAUUCCCCCGGAGAUCCAGAUGUAGACCACCCAACAACACCUCUGUCCUCAUCUGUCUCUAAUCCUCUGAGGUUUUCCUGUCACUGAUCUGAUCAGUAACCAGAACUGCCUGUGAGGAUGUUGUAGAGGUGCGUCAUCUGUUAUAUUGUUGUUUAUCGGAGACUUUUCAGUCUUCUCUGAUGCUUGUGUUGAAAUGAGUGAACCCAUGACCUGUGGGCUGAACGAGCCUUAUUAGUCUCUAAAAUAAAUUGUGACAUCUCGUGUGUGUUUCACACGAUGGAUUUCAGUGGAUUCAUGUUCAGAAUGUUGGACCUAACGACUCUUCUGUUGUAGAAGAGUAAAGAGAUUUUCAGUUCUCCUCUGGUAUUUAUUAAAGCGUAUCUGCAGUGGGGUCUGUUUUACAGAGCAUGAAGAAAUCAGUGUAAAGCUGUACUGGAAGUGUGUGCUGAUCAUGUGUCUCCAUGGAGCCCACCGUUUAAAAAACCAAACAAAUUAAAAAAAGGAAAUGUUCACCAAA